GCAAUCCAGGGCAGUCUGCGAGCCGGAAGUCUUGUCCAGGACUUGCUACAUUUGAAAAGAAUGUCCGUGUAGAAGGUUGAAUUGGCCACUCAUCUCCGGGUGUGCUCCUGAACCAUCAGGUAGGACCUUGUGAAGACCAGGAACAUGGACAGACGUUGUAUAAACACAGGGAGUUUGGGAGAAGCUCCAGUUCUCCUUCACCCCUUCAGAUGCAUAAAAGCACUCACACUGGAGAGAAGCCUUCUAAAGAUAAGGACUAUAAAGAAGACCUUCCCUGUGUCAGAUCUGGCCAGAUGUAUGAACAAAAUGACUUUUCAAAGAAGUCUUAUGUGCACAAGCCAUGUGGGAAAGACUUCACGCAUCUCAGUCCUUUACCAAGGCAUGAGAAGAGUCACAGUGUUAAGAAGCCCUACGUGUGUGAACUGUGUGGGAAAGGCUUUGCUCGGUUUGGUAACCUUUCAAGGCAUAAGAUGACUCCAACUUGUGAGAAGACUUUUCUCUGUAAUCAUUGUGGGAAAGUUUUCUCUGAUUCCUCUUGCCUUCGAAGACACACAAGAGUUCACACUGGAGAGAAACCCUAUGUAUGUAAGCAAUGUGGGAAAGCCUUCAUUACUUCUAGUAACUUUCAAAUACAUGAACGAACUCACACUGGGGAAAAACCGUAUGUAUGUAAAGAGUGUGGGAACACCUUCAGGCUUUUGAUUCAACUGCAAAAGCAUGAAGUAAUUCAUAGUGGUGUGAAUCCCUACGUUUGUAAGCAAUGCAGGAAAAGCUUUACUUCCUCCAGUUCCCUAAAAACACACAAAAGAAUUCACACUGGUGAGAAGCCCUAUAUGUGUGAAUACUGUGGGAAGACCUUUGGGUAUUCCAGUACCCUUAAAAAACAUGAAAGAAUCCAUACUCGAGAAAGGCCCUAUGUUUGCAAGCAAUGUGGGGAAGCCUUUCGUUAUUCUUUAUAUUUUCAAAGACAUGAACAAACCCACAGAAGAGAGAGAUCCUAAGAAUGUAAGCAAUAUGGGAAAGCGUUUCUUUAUGCUUUUCAUGUUGAAAUACAUGAAGGAAUCCACAGCAGAAAGAGAUCUUACAGAUGUAAGCCAUGUGGGAGUGGCUUCUUGACAUACCAUUUGCGAAGACAUGCACUAAUUCAUUGGAGAACAAAUGAAGAUGUUUGUAAGUAACUUGAGACAGUCUUCUCUUGGUUAACUCUCAGAAAUAAAACAACAUGAGAGUGACGUUUUAUGCUUAAAAUGUGGGAAAAUAACACAUUGAAAGAAGCUAUUCUUUUGAAUCCAUGUAGCUCCUAGUAAUAGAAAUUCCCUUCUAAUACAUAUAAGCAGACACACUCGAGAAAAGGCUUUGGAAAAAAGCUGCAAGCCACGUGAUAAAGUCUUCAGAGCUCUUUUCAUUGUGGAGAAGAUGUGAAAUAGCUCACACUGGAGAGAAACCUUAUGCACACACUAUGGAAAAGCCUUUAGUCCUCUCGGGGCCCUCAAAAGACAUUAAAAUUAAUGUUUCAGAGAGCAAUAAUUCAUAUACAGGAAAUCUUCCAAAUUUUCAA